AUGGCCCUCUCUGUCCCCAGAGCGACGCUUCUCCUUCUGGACACUCUGCCGGAUACUCAGCCUCUCCGCCUGGAACUGCUGCCUCACCUCUCCGACCUCUCUCUGCUUCUCGUCAUACCUACACUGCAGCUCAGACAGUUGUCUCUGGGCUGUAUUGACCUGCUCUCUCUGAGUUUCCAGCUCCCUCUUGCUCUUCAGUAACAAUUUCUCAUAGUGCUUCUGUAUCUGCACUGACCUCUCCUCUGAAUGGGUGUCUUUAUGCUGCUGUGCGAGGGCCUGCUUGGCCUGGUUCAGCUGCUGUUCCAGCCCAAACACCCGGGCCAACACCACCUUCACGUACGCCUCUCUCUGCUGGUCGUAGGCCAACCACUGCUGGUUCUUUUCCAGGGCAUCUCUGAGGUGUUCGUGGCUCUUCGCAGUACUGGUGACUGAAAUAAUUGCAGUGGAGAAAUGUCUAGGUUGAUGGACCCUCCGCCCAAGUUCCUGCCACCAGAAUGGAGGCUUGCAAACCAAAUACAUUAUGGGAAUGCGGAGGCUGAGCGUUCGCGCUCUGAGCGACUCACGGCUGAGAGUAAGAGGCUGAUAGAGGAGAGUGGCAUGGCAGCCAAACGCAUGCAACAGGAUGCCAACAAGAGACUGGAUCAGAGAAUCCAUGACAUCAAGUUCUGGAGGACAGAGCUGGACCAGAAGUUGGAGGAGAUUGUCCAGGAGAUUGAGGUGCUGAUAUCCUUUAAAAGCCGCGUGGAGAGAGCCUUGGAGAGCUGUGCCGAGCCCCUCAGAGUCGCCCUGCAGUGCCUGACUGAACGGCAGAGGCGUGUUUCCAUUGACCUGGUACAUGACGACGUGGAGCGGGAACUGAUGAAGGAGAGGGAGGUGAUCGAGGGAGUGGCAUCACUGCUGAACCGCACCCUGGAGCAGACCAUUGAACAGAUCAGACUGAACCGCUCUGCAAAGUACUACCUAGAGAAGGACCUACGGGACAAGUUCCAAGCAGAGCAGAUUGAUGGUUUCUGCUCCAUCCUCACAAGCGCCUCCCCGAAUAUUGACAACGUGACUAGUCAGACAUCACUCGCAGUACCAGGUGCCACUGUGACACCAGAGGAGUGGGAGACCUUCUCCAACAUCAACAUCCUCAAAGCAGAGCGUGAGAAGAACAACUCCCUGUCGCUGAGGGCUCUGGUGGACAGCCUCCUGGAGCAGACAGCUGCUGACAUGCGCAGGCAGCACAACGCUACGGGCACUGCCCUCCGGCUGCAGGUCCAGGAGACCAAGACAGCCAAAGGACAACUAGAGGACCACUUGGUAAAGGUUCUGUCAGAGGUGGCCAGCCAGGAGUGCAACCUGGAGGCCCUGCGCGUGGCCAUCGAAGACAAAGCAGGUCCCCUGAAGGUGGCCCAGACGCGGCUGUCCGCCCGCAGCCAGAGACCCAGCAUCGAGCUCUGCCAUGACCCGGCCCAGGUCCGCCUGCUCUCCGAGGUCCAGGAGCUCACUGCACACAUCAAGAGACUGCGAGAGGCCCAGGCCCAGUCGGAGAUGGAGCUGCUGGCCCUGACCCGCUCCCAGCUGAUCCUGGAAGAGGAGAUCCAGGUCAAGUCCCACUCCCUCUACAUCGACGAGGUCAUCUGCACCCAGCUCCGCCAGCCCAUCUCCAUCCACAGCUUCUGAAUACCACUCCCACCAUGACAAGCCUGGUCCCUGAUCUGUUUGUGCUGUCUUGCAUCAACAGAUCUGGGACAAGCCUAGACCAUGGCCACAGUGGGGCUCUUUAGCUUAUGCUGACAUACCCAGGCUAGCAUUUUACAUUUUACUGAUAAAUAAAAUAUGAGGUAUACAUUGUGAUGGAAAGUUGGAGUGCUUGUAUUGUUUGCAGCAAUUUUAAUACAAUAUUUGGGU